AUUUACAAAUGCCCUGAAUGUAUUGUGGACAAUUGAAGUGUUCCGCAAGGUCAGUGGUAUGUAGUAAGCAUCGGUGAACCACUGCUGGGAUUACUGAUUAUUGUUCGGUUCACUGACACGCUUGUUAUUUAGGAAAAUUGGGAUUCUUCGUGAUAUCAGUCAUGAAAGUUGAUAAAGAACAUCUCAUAUACACUCCCAACUACUGUGAAGAAAAUGUGUACAAACUCUCAGAAUAUCUGCGGGAUUUUGACAACUUACAUUGUGGAUACGUUGUAUUCGUGUCUAAUAUUAACAAAUCUGUUGGUUUGUUCGCUCAAGUAAAGGGAGAUCCUCAGAUGGAUCAUUUCAUUAUAUGGGACUAUCACGUCUUCCUCAUUUGCCACAGUGAACAUAAGUACUGGGUUUAUGACUUCGACUCACUACUACCAUUCCCCUCUCCGUUCAUCCAGUAUGUAACUCAUGGACUUCGGCAAAAUAUCAUCCUUCCAGAAAAACUACACAGAUCCUAUCGCGUUAUCCCUGUCGUUGACUAUUUAAAUCAUUUUUCAUCAGAUCGUAGACAUAUGCUGCGUGAGGAUGGCAACUGGAUAGCACCACCACCAUCUUAUGAAUGCAUACGUGGACAAAGUUCAAGUUCAUCACAUACUUUACCCUUCUACUUGGAUACCACAAUUGAUACAGUUGAAAACUUAUCAUUGACUAGCAAUGUCUAUGGAACUGUUUUACAUGAAAGCGAGUUUUUCAAGAAAUUCUCCAGUGUUUAAUUAAUCAUACCCAUUUUGAAAUGAUGUACUAUAAGAGUUCAUUCGACUGACUACAAAGUUUCUUUGCAGUCAACACAAAAUAUAUGUUCAGUGCUCUAUACCGAUUUUACUCGAAAACCCAACAUCAACUGUAGACAUGAUAUAUUGCCGUCAAGUCGUUUAGCUUAUCGACUAUAAUGUUCAGACAUUAUAUUCUGACUAUAUUUUUUAUAUAUUGUUACUUCUAUGAUAAACUCAGCAUCUUUCUAAUAUUUCAGAAUUCCGAACAACAGUAAUCUUUAUAUGUACUCUGUGACUUACUUUCAAGAUAUAUUAUUAUGAUAAAAAUUGAUUUGUCG